AUACAGAUCCUUGAGGGAACUGUUGGUCCUGUUUCCACUAUCUACGCUCGCGUAGCCUUUACUGUCAGAGCCCAUGCGUGUAGAAUGAAGUGUUUGAUUAUCGGAAUAAGUUUUGCGCUGACAUUUUGCGUGUCGCUUCCAUCACCACUACCGACGUCGCCGACGGAUCGACGCAUCCCGCAGCGCGUGCUACUACACGGCAGGUCGGCGUAUCGCAGUGACACAGUGCAAGCGCAUGUCGCUGAUCCAUCUGAAUCACUCCGAGUGUUUCACCGGAACCUACAUUAUGACAUUCCCCAGCAGGAGUCAUUCGGCUCGGAAGUAAACAUGGAAUCAUUUGAGAACAAAGAUGACCAAAUAAGCUUCUAUACUCAAGAGCAAAAGACAAGAGCAGAUGACCAUGAAAACGGCAGCGUUAGUAAUUAUGAGAGAGAUACAAGAUACAUCGAUCAGCAAGCAAACGAAGGAUUUUAUGACACUGAGGAGGGUAAUCACGCGACACAUACAGAUGGCGAUAGAACUGGCAUUUAUUUUAGAGAGUCGGCUGCGCAGACGGGUAGAAAUCAACCAGUCCGGAUUUUUCGCAAGGACAUAAACUACUGGCUGCCUGCUGAGCAAGAAACGACGCCUACGAGCGAGAGAUUCGAACUGCCCAACAGACAGUUGUUCCUCUCAUAUGGCAAUCCUGGCCAAAACAUUAAUAAGCAACGCCAUGACCAAUCACCGCGCGUUAGAGGACCGCGAGAUGAGGAUCCUGAAACCGGAAACAUCCGCACGAUUUAUAUUCCGCUGAGUUUCGUAUCACGAAAUAGCGAUGACGUUGCCGCUACUGAUGAUGGCACAACAUACUUUGACGGUUCUGAGUUCUUCACUAUAGUAGGAAUUCCUCGACCACAUGAGGCUCUACAACAAGCAAGGCUGCACGGCCAAUUACAACCAGAUCAAUCAGUGGGUGAAUCGAAUUUUUACGCGACACUAGGUUCUGUCGGUGACACUAUUACAACUCAAAACAGUUGGCAGUUAAAUUCACAGGAUAACGCACGGAACAGGCAAGAAGGCUAUCCGGUUUCUAGCAAUGACGAGCAGAUGACUUCUGCAGAUGUCCAUACAGGUAUAUCCACGGAAACUGACUUGAAUAACUAUUACACAGUAGAUGACACUCCUAUCGCACAGUAUUCCCAACAACGAGGAAUGGAACAUAUUACAACGAGUAACGAUGGACAAACAUAUUCAGCAUAUCCAUCAGCGGGGACUGCAAAGUUUGAAGUAGUACAAGGCGCGCAACCAUCAACUCACGUGAAAACAUUUGCUCCACUUGCCAUUGGGCUUCCUCAACGAAACAUCGUGUUGACAGAAUAUCCACAACCUCCCGAUGUCCAGCCUGCCAGAACGGAGGACACGUACAAUUCCAAUUCAAAGGAAUGGGCUCUUCGUCAGAUAAACAUUGACGAUGCUAAUGAUGGUUUCGUUGCAUCUUCAGUUGUACGCAAUGGGGACGGUUCUGUCGAAUACAGGCCCGUUCCUAGUUACGUCGGCACAGCAACAUAUCCAUCCCAGCAACAAAUAGAUGACACGGCCGUCCAAACCCCACGCUUAUUCCUGCGCACGCCAAGUGAAGAAAGCGAUACCCCUAUUGAAGAAAGUGCGACUCCUCUGACAAGCGCCUCAGUUGAAGAUCGAGGUUCAACGUAUUCCGAACGGCAAAGAGAAUUCACUGAACAAACGCCACAGCACCGAUCUGAUCUGGGAACAUCUCGGCUGAUUUCCUCUGACGAUUGGGCAGGGACUCGAUAUGAGCCUUCUCACAAACCCCCGUCUGCUGAAUUCGACUCCUCGCUUUACAGGACACAUAGGCAGACUGGUGUUUUGCCUUACGGAUAUUAUAUCAGUCGGGUUGAAUACGACGGGCACCUGGACAAACAAGGAAGCUUCUAUCCACUAGAAGGCGGAGCUGCUCCGCCCCCUGCACCGGUAUUCCAGUUUCAAGGCAGCCGUGAGGGUGUGUACGUCCGCGCUCCCGCCCCAGCUCGUCAGUAAAUUCCUUCAUUAACGAAUACUAAUAACAAACUGGAAUAAAACUGUUCAAUUCAGUCGCGUAUAUCAUCACUUUACCGUCCAUCGUUAUUUCACGCUGCUGUGUACUGUACUCAUAAUAGCAUGAAUAUAUCUACAUAUAUGAAGCACGUAAUAUGUUAGUUUUAAAUUUGUAGUGCCUACACAGUAUGUAAUUUUUAUAUCAUAAUUGGACGCUUUGCCAAGUUUAUAUAGGUGAUGUGUUUAUGUUAUAAGGCAUUUGGCUCUAGCCAUGCAUGCGUCAACUAUUGUUAGGUUUUGGUUCACAAUUCUUUGUAGGCUUUCGGAAUUUAUAGAAGAGACAAGUAGGUUCAUCUAAUCGUUAAACAAACCAUUGUUGAAAGGAGGAAUAAAGGGUGACUAAGAACUGAUCCGCGUGGGAAACCGCAUGUAUAGUUAAGAAAGGCAGGGCGUGUUCAUUAAAUGAAGUAAAGUGUUUUCUGUUUUUUAGAUAGAAAGUGAAUAUAGCAUAAUGUUCGAUACCGUAAUAUAAGAAUGUUUAAUGUGUAAA